GGUAGCAGCGGCCAGGGAAGCCGGAGCAGGAACGGGUAGGCGCCGCGCGGGAACUGGCUUUUCGGGAUUUGCCUGAAAGAUGUGGCAAUUGCCACCACCCCAGUCCCCAGUGACCCAGGGAGGACGGCAUCCGGCACGGUGGCCCUGAAGGCGGUUGAGCCACGCACAGAGAGGAGGCUUCCCAUUUAAAAGCAAGCCUUUCAGUCGGGGCGAGCAGGGAGGGGAAUAAAGUUCCAAAGGGGCGCCGAAGGAUCCAGAAGGCCAGAGAGACGAUGGACGUGGAAGCCGCCAGCAGCAGCAGCAGCAGCAACGACCACGAGGUCGUCCCAGCGACGGACUGGGUAACGCCGAGCUCGUUCAAGGUCUACAAGCGCCGCUGGUUCCUGCUGGCCGUGCUGUGCUUGCUCAAUUGUUCCAAUGCCAUGCUAUGGUUGACAUUUGCUCCGGUGGCUGAUAUAACAGCCAAACAAUUCCAUACCUCAAUGGAUAUGGUCAACUGGCUGACCAUUGUGUACCUUGUGAUAUCGAUUCCAGUUGGAUUCCUAGGAAUAUGGAUUCUGGACACCGUUGGACUUAAAUGUGCUGUGAUCCUCUGUGCCUGGCUGAACAUGAUGGGAAGCGUCAUCCGCCUUUUCAGCGUCAUCGACAUCUUCAGCCUAGGCUCUCUGAACGUUGUAUACCUGCUCGUAGGGCAGUGCCUCUGCGCGGCAGCCCAGCCGCUCAUCUUUUUUGCGCCCACCAAACUAGCGGCUUUGUGGUUCCCCGAUCACCAGAGAGCCACAGCCAAUAUGAUUGGCUCAAUGUCCAAUCCUUUGGGCCUCCUCGUAGCUAAUCUGCUGUCACCUGCACUUGUUCAGGACGGAAAAGAUAUUCCUUUAAUGCUUGGAGUGUACUCAGGCCCGGCUAUAUUUGCCUUUGUGUUAGCAGUCAUUGGUGUUCGUCACAAGGUCCCGCCCACACCACCAUCAGCCAGUGCCACUCAUUCCGAUUCACUGUCGUUCUAUGGAGGCUUGAAGAUGCUCAUGCGAAAUAAGGCUUACAUCCUCCUGGCUUUCUGCUUCGGGGGAGGGAUAGCGGCAUUCACUUGUUUCAGUGCUCUGUUGGAACAGAUCCUCUGUGUGAACGGAUAUUCAAAUUUUUUUGCAGGUGUGUGCGGUGCCUUGUUCAUCGUGUUUGGAUUAAUUGGUGCUUUCUUCCUCGGACUGUAUGUUGACAGGACAAAGAAAUUUACAGAAGCUACCAAGAUCUGUAUUUGUCUAGCUGCAUUGGCUAGCAUCGCCUUUGCAGUGAUAUCUCAGUUCAGAAACCAGACCUAUGCCUUGGCAGCCAUCAGCUCCCUCUUCGGGUUCUUUGGGUUUGCUUCCUAUCCGAUUGCGAUGGAGCUUGCUGUUGAGUGCUCUUAUCCGGUGGGAGAAGGAACUACGUCGGGGCUGAUUUUUGUGAUCAGCCAGAUCCUAGGAGUUCUGCUCAUGGUUUUGUUGCAAAGCCUGGCUGUGGAGAAGAAAAACGCCCCGUUCUCAACUUGUACUGCAGCCCAAGGUGGAGCGCUGGAUUGGAGCACGCCAGCACUGGUGUUGGCUGGAAUCUGCAGUAUGGUAGCCUGUUUGUACGUGGUUGCCUUUCACACGAAUUACAAGAGGAUCUGUGUGGAGACGUCUCAUGGCUGUUCAGUCAACAAAACAGAAGAUGACGAGGCAGCGAAAGCACAAGGAUGAAAAAUCUCCAAUUGACUGCUGGACCAAUCCAAGUGCCUAAAGAACUGUGGUUGACACUUCAGCGACCUCAAGGGCCCUGGCUGCAUAAGAUACCUCAGUAAAUUAUAUGUUGAUGGGAACUGUCUGGAGCAAGAGUUGCUGCUUAACUGUAAUUUCUUCUGUUUCUGAUGUGCAGAGGUGAGUGCAAUGGAUUAUGUAGCCAAAACAGCACCAUCCAUGCACAAGGUGGUGGUAGCCACAGGCUUGGAGAAACCUUUGGGUUCGCAGAAGUCAAAAACAUAUUUAGAAAACACACUUAAGGAAGACCCCCUAGCCCAGCCCAGUGAAAACAGGGCAUGCGCCGUGGCCACAUAAUGCUGACUGACAGUUGGUGGGAGGGGGAAUGGAAUGGAGCGUCCUGGACGAAGACAUGGCUGAAGUACCGAACAGGACCAGGCAGCGCUGCAACAUUUUGUUACAGGUUCUACAUAUGCCAUCCUAAUAUGCAGCGUUAUUCCACCACCACCGCCCCACUAGACCUGACGGCAGUAUUCUGGAGCUAGAAUAACAGGGAGUCAACUCCAUUAAGGUUUAAACCAGGGAUGGGGAAUGUGUGGCUCUCCAGAUUAUUCCGAUAAUCUCUCACGACUAUGCCAGCUGGCGAGCUAGGGCUGAUGGGAGUUGUAGUCAUCUAGAAGGCCACACAUUCCCCACCUCUGGUGUAAAUCUUUGUGAUGGUGCUAAAGAGCAACAAAGAGUAGUCUCUGAAUCUUGCUGCAAGACUUCCUUGGUUUGAGUCCAUUAGUGCCUACGGCUAUUCUGACCAUUACAUGGGAUGAGGCCAAGUGUAACUAAACCUAAGUUCCAUGUGGAAUGAGGGGAGCCGUGACUUAUGUAGCCAAACACAGUAUGACCCAUGCACAAGGCAGAGGUAGCAGCAGGCUUGGAGGAGCCCCAAGUUUUGCAGGAAUACAAAAGGGAAAAAAAGCCCAUGGAUUGAUUACUCAAUGAUUGCUGGGAGAGAUAAGAAACAGCAGGGAUAUGGAAUGGAGUAGGUGGAAUCCACUCUAUGCUGCAACAUUUUGUUACAGGUUCCACUUAAUUAAAUAAUUUGAGUUAGAGGAUGUAUGUAUUCAAAGGAUCUGCUUGUGUCAGUAAGUUGUAUAGAAUAGGUGAAGCAGGUGUAAGAAGACCCUACAAACAGUCUUGCAAAUAAAUUCAUAUGAA